AUGUCCGAUUCCACACUCUAUCUGUACACCUCCCUUACUGCGGGGUCGUCUCAUAUCGUCACCGCCACUGCGCGUCUCGAGACGAUCCUCAAGGCCAACAAGCUCCCUUUUCGCGCAAUUGAUGUCGCCACCGAUGAUGCGGCCCGGAAGCUUUGGGGGAGACGCUCCAAAGGCAAGAAACUGCCGGGUUUGGUGAAGUUUGGGACUGUUGUUGGUGAUCUAGAAGAAAUCGAAGAAUGGAAUGAAUACGGUGAGCUGCGGAUGCAAGUUAACAGUGUGGAGGAUUUCCACGACAAUCUCCCAGCUACGAGUUACCCUGCGCCUACUACUACCAGCAGCAGCACGACCCCGACCACUGAAUCCGCACCCCCUAAGCAAAGCACCAUCAAAAUCCAGAACCCGCCCGUCAAGGAAACGCCCAAAGAUGACUCGAUUUCCGUCGCGAUGAAACAGGCCAGCGAGGAGGCUGCCGCCAAGGCCAAGGAGAACAAGGGAACAACCACCACCACUACCUCAAAACCCGCCGUAUCGUCGACAUCGACAGCACCAGCAGCGACACCAACGCCUACCACCGCGCCCGAGACCAAGAAACAAACAGGAGCAGGAGAGAAAGCCGAAGAAGAAAGUGUACGUCGGAAGUCCGUCGCUGCGGAGAUCGCAGAACAAGACGGCGUCAGAAAGAGGCCGCCUCUCGCCAUGCCGGAGGUUGCCGCGGUUUCUUCUGCCAAUUUCCGUGCUGAUUAUGCUGAAUCUAUAGGCCUAGUUGGCCACCAUCGCGGCUCCAUCGUUUCGGCCACCUCCAAAGAGGAAAAGGAGCAGGUCGCGCAGGAUCUGCGCAAGUCGAUUUCUGGUGGUCAUCAGGAUAUUUUGAAUUCCUUGCGAGACGAAAACGCGGAGAAGAAGGAGGAGGUCAUCACGUCCGUUAGAUUGAUACAGUUCAACAUGCAAAAAUUCAGUCCGUAG